AUGAGUAUUGGAAGAAAAUUCAAAAUUUGUAUGUUAACAAAAGCAACUGCCUCCACACAAGCUCAAGCACCUCAAUUAAGAGAGAAAUUUGCAGAUAAAUUACUCGAGCUUGGAUUUUUGGAACAAACAGAUGAAAUAUUUGCAGCAUGUUCAAAUCCAAAAUUACAAAUGGCACUAUUUAGUGCAACGUUGCCAUCAGGAGUUGAAUCUUUGGCUAAUAAUUUUAUGAAAGAUCCCAUAAGGGUUGUUAUUGGCAACAAGAACGCAGCAACAGAAACUAUCAAACAAAAACUUGUUUAUGUUGGACAAGAAGAGGGUAAAUUGAUAGCAAUUCGUCAGUUGAUACAAGAAGGCUUCAAACCACCUGUAUUGGUGUUUGUUCAAUCAAUUGAACGUGCCAGGGAACUAUUUCAUGAAUUAAUAUAUGAUGGUAUUAAUGUUGAUGUUAUACAUUCUGAAAGAACAAAAGCUCAAUUUUAUUUUGAAAUUCUUGCAUUUGGUAGGGUUCCAUGCUUUGUAAGAUAUUUCUAA